AUUUUUAGCUUAGGAUAAACGUUUGGUUUAAUAUUUCAUUCCAAUGGCUUGGAGGUUAUUUUUGGAUAGAAUGUUUACAUCCUGUGCAGUGGAAAAACUUGUCAUGUAGACAGGAAAUAAAAAUUAGGAUCGUUUAUUGAAGCAAAACAUUUGCUUGGAUUGAACACUGGCGACAGUAAUUUUUUUUUAUGAAAAUGGUUAAACAUAAUAUGCUAAAUAUAUUUAAAUUACUUUCUCAAAAUGCUGAUUUCGCAUGUCUCAUUUUGAUUUCAAUUUACUUGUAGGCUUGUUUUUCCAAUUUUGUUAAAUAUAUAUUUAAGUUCAAGAUAAUAUUGCUACACAAUUAGGUAAAAGGAACUGAUAAGAUAAACUGGGUUGAUUAGACUUUUAGUCAGUCAGUUAAAAUCUUUUUUUUUUGUUUGAUUUAUAAUCAAGAAAUUUUGUGAUAUAUUUAAUUGCCUAUACAAACCGCAAUUCUUGAAAUACCCUAUCUAGGUAUUACGAAGCAGCUAAUAGGUAUCCAAGUAUAUAUUGUUUGCUUUUUAUGCAUGUAGCUAUGCAAGACUAAAUGUAAAGAUUUGCAUGUCUGCUUAGAUUAAACUUUUCCCUACUAAUUGCAUGACUUUUAAUCCCUAUGAUGGCUAAGGAGUAUACUCAAAGAGAAUAUGAGAAAUAUAACCAGGCGCUCCAGAAGGCUAUUAACGGUCAAGAAUGCCCCGUAAAACAGAAACAUGUGCGGCUGGCAAUCAUAGGCACUUUUCAGACACAGAGCGCGAAGAUAUUUUGGGCGUAUGCGCUCAGAUUACCCGCUAUGGACGACCGGAUCGUUGCCUGGAAGUUAUGUCAUGUCGUGCAUAAGGUCUUGCGGGAAGGACAUCCUCUAUGUUUGGUGGACAGUCAGCGUCAUCGUAAGGAUCUUGAUGAAAUAGGCAAACUUUGGGGCCACCUUAAAGACGGUUAUGGCAAAAUGAUCCGAUUGUACACGUCGCUGCUGAUCAACAAACUGGAAUUCCAUAGGAGGAACCCGAGAUUUCCCGGCCACUUGGGGGUGACACCAGAAGAAUUGGAGAGUAUUGGCGGCAAUGAUGUGAACAAUUAUUUCGACAUGACAGUGGAAAUGUUUGACUAUUUAGAUCACAUAUUAGCGCUACAAGAGACAGUAUUUAAUUCCUUGGACAGAGCUCGGUCCAACUCAAUGACAAGCCCGGGACAGUGUAGACUCGCUCCCCUUAUUCCCUGUAUACAGGACGCAUCUAAACUUUACGACUACUGUGUGAAGAUACUAUUCAAGCUCCACAUGAUUCUUCCCUCAGAGGACCUUUUGUGCGGCCAUAGGGAACGAUUCGUUAAACAAUUCAGGGGUUUAAAGAAGUUUUACGAGAACACUAGCAAUUUGCAGUACUUUAAAGACCUGAUCGCCAUACCGCCCCUUCCAGAUAAUCCGCCGAACUUUUUAAUAGUGGGUGAUUUCCGAACCUACGUGACUCAAGAGGUGGUAGUCCCGCAAGAGCCGGAACACGAGGAUGAGCAUAUCGAGCCGAUAAGCGAAGGAAACCUCAUAGAUACUACCGACGAUGUUUCUGGAGUUGAGCGGAACGCCGAAGCGGUAAACGCGAAUGUGAUAAUCCAUCAGGAAAUUAUUCAGGAGAGAGAGUUUUUGAGGAUCCAGUGCGAAAAACUCAGGUGCGAAAUCAAUUCAUUGAUGGCCAAAAAUGAAAGGGAUAUUAAGACGUUGCAAAGUAGGAUAUCCGGUUUAGAGGUGGACGUUGCGGCGAAAGAAAACGAACUGAUUCAAGAACGGCAAGCCAAGGAGGAUCUUUUGAGUCAGUCGUCGGCCGUCGCCCAAUCGCAAGACAGCGAGCAAAGGGCUUUUCACGAAAAAUUCGACAAACUCAAAGCCGUUUAUGUCAAACUCCGUGACGAACACGUCACCGAAAUAAGAAAGAAAGCGGAGCUAGAAAAGAAAUUAUCGAACGCGCUCAAAGACCUCGAACGGAUGACGGAACUGGAAGCGGAAAAGGGGCGCAUCGAGGAGGUGGAAAAACAGAAAUCUGAUGAGUUGUGCGCAUUGCAAAAGGACAAGGAACUGUUCCACAUGGAGACUGAAAUUCUGAAAAAGAGCGUGUCGGACGCUUGUAACGAGCGGAACGCCAUCCAAUUGGAGCUACAGAACAUUCUUCAGGAAAAGGAGGAUUUUAAGAAAAGGUCUGAGGAGCUGUCAUAUAAACUUAUGGAUUUGGAGAGAAGAUUGGAGAACGAACAAAAGGAUUUUGAACAAAAUUUGCGGAACAUCGUACGCAAGUCCGUAGAGAACUGUGAAAAAAUAUUGAGGCACGCGAUCCAUGAAGUCGACAAUCCCGCAUUGACGGCACUGACUUGCAGCCCCGAUUAUCUCAGAAGCCUCACUGCCGGAUGCCGAGAAACGUUAGAAGAGAGUUUGAAUGUCAGUUUCACCGACCAUGCCGCCAUCAUCACGACGUCGAACAAGAUAGCACACAGACAUGCCAUUUACAUUCUUCAAGGUCGCGCAACGUGCAACACCAGCCCUGACAUAAGUUUUGGUGAAAAAAUGGCGGAAGCGUGUAAAUUUCUCGGCGAAGUAAUUCUCCGGAUUUUGCUCAACUUAAAAGAAUCUCAAAGCGCAGAACAGCUGGUUCAGGAGGCGCUGGAGAAACUCGAAGAAAUCGCUAGUCUCGGCGACGGCAUCAACCUGUCCAGGUUGGGCGAACAAGCCGAGAAUCUGGCUGACAUGUUGGACAGCGAAAUGUCAGCUAUGGACAAGGCGAUCGAGGAAGCAGCCAACCGCAUUCAGGACAUGCUGACAAACUCAAGAGCGGCUGAUUCGGGCAUCAAAUUGGAGGUGAAUGAAAAAAUUCUAGACUCGUGCACUAACCUGAUGCAGGCGAUCAGGAUAUUGGUGAAAAAGUCGAGGUUACUGCAGGCAGAAAUCGUCGGCCAGGGCAGAGGUACAGCAAGCGCUAAAGAAUUCUACAAAAGAAACCAUCAGUGGACAGACGGGUUCAUAUCGGCCGCGAAGGCAGUCGCGGUAGCUGCCAAAUUUUUACUUACCGCAGCCGACAAAGUGGUGGUGUCAAAUGGAAAACUAGAGCAAUUAGUUGUCGCGGCUCAGGAAAUAGCCGCCUCUACAGCUCAGCUGGUGGUGGCGAGUAGGGUGAAGGCCGAUCGGAACAGCGACAACCUUCAUCAGUUGACGCAGGCUUCCAAGGGAGUCACCACAGCUACCGGAACAGUGGUGGCGACGGUCAAAGAUUGUGGACAAUUGAUGGACGAGGCCGAGGAGUUGGAUGUGUCGAAUCUGACGUUGCACCAAGCGAAACGUUUGGAAAUGGACUCGCAAGUGAGGGUGUUGGAGUUAGAGAAGGAACUUGAGCAGGAACGUUACAGAUUAGCCAAACUGCGGAGGCAUCAUUACCAGCUGGCGGGCGAAAACGAAACUUGAUUUUGUUUCAAUAACCAUUUUUUUAUAUUUAUUAUUUAUUAACGAUUGCUAGGUUUUAAGUGCUCCAAAGAAAUCUUCGCGAACGGCAUUAGAUGUAUGCGCAGGUUUACCGUGCUACAAUAUUUUAUAUGUGUAUUAAUUGAUUCUAAAGGUAAGGUUUUUGAAGACAGUUUUUCUUCUAUUA